CGCAGACAAAGAUAAAAGUUGCAAAAUAAGAAACGGCUAUUCUGCGAACGCCGGCGCGGUCGAUACACAGACGCAACCGUGAAACCGUCAGCAUUUACGUCAUGCAAGUAUCGGCCGAUUUUCGACGUUUCGGUGUCAGUGGGGUCAUCGAUGGAGAGACUACAAUAUCGCCGGUACUUCCAACCGGGAUACUAAAAGCCAGUGCACGGCCGAUCGGCGCGGAGAAUAGACGAUGAUUCGCCUUGGCGUUCGUGGAAGAUCGGUUUGCUUCGAGAGUCUCGAUAAACAUCUGGAGACGUUGGGCAGUAUCCGCGAGUCGUCCACGAUUUUUAAGAGCAGCUCGGGACAUACAGUGGCGAAACAGCGUUUAAGAUGUUUGAUCGAUUCCGAAACGCGGUCAAACGGCACUGAAGGCCGUCGUUCGUCGUCAACGACGUCCGCGUCCACGGCGCCGACGCCAGAGCCAAGGAAAACCUGCCUGUACGACCUUCACGUGGAAAACAAAGGUAAAAUAAUCAACUUCUCCGGCUGGUUGCUACCGGUACAAUAUCAAGAGGCAAUAGCCGCGUCUCAUCAACACACGAGAACUUUUGCAUCGCUGUUCGAUGUCGGUCAUAUGUUGCAAACGCAAGUUUCUGGAGAAGACGCAACCGAGUUCCUGGAAUCUCUGACCACCAGUGAUCUGAAGAAUUUGAACAGAGGCAGCGCGGUUCUCACGGUAUUCACCAACGAGAACGGAGGGAUCCUCGACGACCUGAUAAUUACAAAAGACGACGAUGACAAAUACUUUGUUGUGUCUAAUGCUGGAAGGAGAGACGAAGACUGCGAGUUGCUGCUCCAACAACAGGGAAACUUCAAACAUCGUGGGAAAUCGGUGAAAUUGCAAUUCCUAGAUCCUUUGGAGCAAAGCCUCGUUGCGUUACAAGGUCCUACAGCUGCGUCGGUCCUUCGAUCCAUCAUGAAAAUCAACCUGACACAUCUGUCAUUUAUGAACAGUGUGGAAACUACAGUAUUUGGAAAUCCAAUCAGAGUAACUAGAUGCGGAUAUACGGGAGAGGACGGCUUCGAAAUAUCGAUGCCAGCGAAAAUUGCGCGUACAUUGGUACAAGCGGUCUUAGACACGCCUGACACGAAACUAGCUGGUUUGGGAGCUAGGGAUAGUUUGAGGUAUUCAAGUUACAAAUCUGUUUCUAAAGCUGCCUUUUCGUUUUCGUCGCUCAACGAAUAUCACUGAAAUAUUAUUACUAAUAUUUAUAUUAUACUACUAAAAAUCUAUUGUUAUAAUACGAUUUAAUUUGACUCCAUUAAUUUUAGACUAGAAGCUGGUCUUUGCCUCUACGGACACGAUAUCGAUGAUGGAACCACACCAGUCGAAGCUGGACUCACUUGGCUAAUUGGUCGGUAAUGAAUAAAUUGCGGAUACUUGUGCGAAUUCAUUUUUUUAUUUAUUUAUUUUAUAUACGGGAUGAAGACCUAAUUAGAGUUCAUGUAAACAUUUAAGGGAUUAAUGUAAACUGGAUAAAAAAAAUGCAACCUUAUAAAAAGACGUAAGUUUAGAAAGAUUUUCAUAGAUAUAAAUUCUGAAUGAGCUAAUAGAACCGAAGAAAAAGUCGGACAGACUUUCGAAUUUUCAAAUAUGUGUUUCAAGAAUGAUUGUCACAUUCUCAACGGUCCUAUGGAUGCGUAAAAAAUCAUUUACUCAAAGAGUAAUUUGUAAUUUUAGUAAAAGCAUAAAUUAACUUGUUUCUUUAUAUUUUUUAAAUAAUUUUAAUAAUAUUUUUCAAUGUUUCUCUAUUGUACUUUCAUACAUUUCUUACAAGCAUUAUCUAUGCAUUUCUCCAUCUUCAAAUUUCUUAUAAAUGCACAAACAUCCGCAGUCUGCCAAAAGAAGAAGAGAAGAAGCAAACUUCCCAGGUGCAAAGAGGAUACUCUCACAGAUCAAAACAGGAACUAUGAAGAAAAGGAUAGGAUUGACUGUCGUGCAUGGUCCACCGGUUAGAGAAGGAGCGUGUAUAUUAACUCCAGAAGGUGAACGUGUUGGCAAAAUUACUUCAGGUGGUCCUAGUCCAACUCUUGGACGUUCUAUCGCUAUGGGAUAUGUACCACCAGAAUUGGCUCACUAUGGUGGUGGAAUAUUGGUCGAAGUUCGAGGGAAAACGUACAAAGCGAUUGUCACAAAAAUGCCUUUUGUGAAGACAAAUUAUUAUACGGCAAAAUGAUCGAUUUACCUUCCUAUUCUACGUGUGAAAAUGGACAUACUUAGACAUACUUAGAUGUCCCUUCAAAUUUCUGACUGGCGAUCUGAUUUGAACAAUGAACGAAUGUAAUUAUAAUAUCUUUUUACGCAGAGUAAUGUUAAAGUGUUUAUUAAGAAUUGUAAUUGCAAUCAUAAUCGAAAGAAAGAAAAAAAGCGUAAUGAAUAAAAACUAUUUAAAUAAAGCGGGGAAAAUGCUUAUUUAUAUACUACAAAGCCCUCUGUGAAUGGAAAUAGCGAACAUAG